CUAGUAGUUAACCAUCAUGUAUCAACCUAGCGAUAAACCAUUUUUUGAAGCUGACAAGAAUUUGGUCUAACCUAACGCGUUUUCUAACUAUUUAGGUAGCAGAGCAGAGCACUUAAUUAAGUAGGAACCUUUCAUUGUCAAAAACAAACACAGAAACCUGUUUGGGCAAGUGAAUAAAACGCCACAACAGAACAAUAAUUUCCCACACUCCUGUAGUCGCGAGAGACACGAUCCAAAACUAUAACAUCAUCCUAGGCAAAAACAGUGUGCUAAAAUUUAACGACCAUGAACGACACGUGCCCACAAUAUGUUCUGUCGUUUUCUAGCCUAAGUGAGUCCAUAUAUGGCGAGGAAUUUGCCUGAACGAUAAAGAAACAACGACAUAGAGAGAUAACUAUCUAUCUACCUACCACUCUGUAUUUCCAUGGAAGAUCCUGAGCUCACGAAGCUAGGAAGCUCUCUCCCUGUGGCUUGCGUUCAAGAACUGGCCAAGAACCCCAUCGCAGCCAUCCCGCCACGCUACCUUCGUCCUGAUCAGGACCCUCCAAACGUCACUUCCCCACUUCAGAUCCCUGUCAUCGAUUUGCAGAAACUGUCAUCUCCUCCUCGCCAUGGCGAUGAUGGUGAUCUUACUCCAGAGCUGGACAGGCUCCAUGCCGCUUCCAGAGAUUGGGGCUUCUUCCAGUUGAUAAACCAUGGCGUAAGCGAGUCGUUGACAGACAGGGUGAAAGCAGAGGUGGAGGGGUUCUUCAACCUGCCGAUGGAAGAGAAGCGAAAGUAUUGGCAGAAACCUGGAGAGAUGGAGGGAUUCGGGCAGGCGUUCGUGGUGUCCGAGGAACAGAAGCUUGAUUGGGGAGAUCUGUUCUACACGACCGCCCUUCCAAAACAUCUCCGAAAGCCUCACCUCUUCCCUCAGCUGCCUCUCCCGCUCAGGGAAACAUUGGAAGAAUAUUCAGCAGCACUCAAGGCACUGGCAAUGACCAUUCUCGGUCUAAUGGCGGAAGCUCUGAGGAUAGACCAGGGCGACAUGAAGGUGUUGUUCGAGGAAGGGUGGCAGAAGUUUCGAAUGAACUAUUAUCCUCCAUGCCCGCAGCCGGAGCUGGUGAUGGGUGUCAACUCUCACUCCGACGCCGUUGGUCUCACCAUUCUGUUGCAAGUAACGAAUGAUACUCAUGGUUUGCAGGUUAAGAAAGACGGUCACUGGGUUUCAGUUGUUCCUCUCACAAACGCGUUCAUUGUCAACAUUGGUGAUAUUCUGGAGAUAGUGAGCAAUGGGAUAUACAAGAGCGCCGAGCAUCGGGCCACCGUCAACUCUGACAAGGAACGGAUUUCGUUCGCCACUUUCCUGAGCCCAAAGCUGGACGGGGACUUGGGCCCGGCCCCUAGCCUGCUGAUAAAUACCCAAGCCCAACCAGAGUACAGAAGGAUCGGCGUCGCCGACUACUUCAAGGGCUACUUCGGCCGGCAGCUCGCCGGCAAAUCUUACGUCGAUGUCAUGAGGAUUCAUCAACAUUAAUCAAUUACUCCAAAAGCAGGCCCAACACGAUGUGAUUGAUAUUGUCAUUUCUCUUCUAUCUGCUACGGGGAUGGAAUUAGGUGCUAACCCUUAUAGGGGUUAGCACCGUGAUAACUAGCAAAAAACGUUAUUAAAAAUAACGAAAUCACUACGGAUUAUUAUAAAAUCAAUACAACAUCUAAGCUAAAUCACUACUAAUUCAAACUAGUAGUAGUUUUUCCCUUGGUUAGGACGGUGCUAACUAUUGUACAAUUAGCACCGUAGCCGUUCCCUCUGCUACGACUCUUAAUAAGAUGGGUUAUAGGCA